CUGUUGAUUAAGGCCCGGAUUGUUUGGAUUUACGAUUGCCAAUGCAGUGCAAAAUGCUGUGAUAAAUUGCAAAGAUCACAUGGAUUUGGGAGCAUACUCUGCGUUUAACGCUAGAGAUUUUUUUCUUUUGUCACUUUAGUCACUUCCGCUUUGUGUGUCAAACCAAUGUUUUAGAAUGGCAGAGUGACUAAAAGUGGUGACUGUAAACGAGACGUGUACGUUAUAUUGUUCUGACGGUUUAAUUUUGUGACCAAAUUCCAUGAAAUGCGAUGUGACAGGAUCGAGGUUCAUGCGGUUACAUCUCAGGUUUAUCAACAGGAUCUGCAAAAUGGCAGGUAAAGAAGAUGAAGUCCUGAAACAGGGGUUAAUGGUCAAGAGGUCACAAAAUAAAAAGAGAAUUACUCGUGUGAAUUUCAAACAUCGUUGGUUUGUCCUCACAAAACACUUCCUGAUAUAUUAUGACAGUGAUGGUGAGGCCGUGCGCUCAGAGUGUGAUGGGAACAAGUCGCUCGCAGCUGGGUUUGGCGCGCUCCCCCUUCCAUGCCUCCACAGUCUUCACUCACUGUUGAGUAGGCAACAUACUCCACAGCAGAAAAGGAAAGAGCGAGGGCGCAUUGACCUGACGUCUGUUCGGAUUGUGGAAACCGCCCAGUUGACAGUGGGCCCCUUGGUGCAAGGGGCAGUGGAAGAUACGGUCCUCUGUGAGGGAGUGCCCUUCCCAGCCGGCUAUCCCUUCCAAGUGGGCUAUUUGGAGCAGGGGCAGGAGUACGUGCUCUACCUCUUAGCUGCUCGGGAACAGGACCGCGCGGAUUGGAUUCGUGCUAUUAGAUCAGUGUGCAUGAAAUGUGCUGCUCCUGUUGACCACUACCAUCCGGGCCUGUGGAGUGGCAAGCGCUGGUCCUGCUGUCGGCAGAACAUCCGUGCAACUGAAGGUUGUGAAGCGUCGACGUCGUGGGCCCCCCCGGAGCCUCCUAGUCCUGGAGAUUCAGGUACACCAACAGUCAUCAUGCCUGGUGGACCAGUGAAAACAAAGGAAGAGCUGAUGAUUCGACCCAAAGUGGUUGUUGCCCUUUAUCAUUUUAAAGCAAUUGAAGGUGGUGACCUGUCCUUGGAGAAGGGUGCAGAGUAUGAAGUGCUAGACGACUCACAAGAGCACUGGUGGAGAGUUAAAGAUGAACAUGGUGCUGUUGGCUAUAUUCCUAGUAAUUAUGUUAAAGAAAAGGAACUUCUUGGCCUACAAAAAUAUGAAUGGUAUGUUGGAGACAUGUCCCGGCAGCGGGCAGAAUCUUUAUUAAAACAAGAAGAGAAGGAGGGCUGUUUUGUUGUGCGCAAUUCAUCCACGAAGGGUCUCUACACUCUUUCUUUAUAUACAAAAGUCCCUCAUCCGCAUGUAAAACAUUAUCAUAUCAAGCAAAAUUCUCGAGGUGACUUCUUCUUGUCAGAGAAACAUCCUUUUAAAACUAUUCCUGAGUUGGUGAAUUAUCAUCGUCAUAAUAGUGGUGGUUUGGCGUCACGACUUAAGACGAGCCCCUGUGACCGCCCUGCACCAGCUACUGCAGGCCUCAGUCAUGAUAAAUGGGAAAUAGAUCCCCAAGAACUGAUGCUGCUUGAGGAACUUGGGUCUGGUCAGUUUGGUGUGGUGAGAAGAGGGAAGUGGCGGGGAUCCAUUGACGUAGCUGUGAAGAUGAUGAAAGAGGGCACCAUGUCAGAAGACGAUUUUAUUGAGGAAGCAAAAGUUAUGACAAAACUGCAGCAUCAGAACCUAGUGCAACUUUAUGGUGUUUGCAGCAAGCACAGACCUAUUUACAUAGUAACUGAAUAUAUGCGGCAUGGCUCCCUUUUAAAUUAUCUCAGGCGACAUGAAACAUCUCUUAGUGGUAAUGUGGGGAUGUUAUUAGAUAUGUGUAUCCAGGUUUGUAAAGGAAUGGCCUACUUAGAACGACAUAACUAUAUCCAUAGAGACCUUGCUGCCCGCAAUUGCCUAGUCGGAACGGAAAACAUAGUAAAAGUUGCUGACUUUGGUCUAGCUAGGUAUGUUUUGGAUGACCAAUAUACUAGUUCUGGAGGUACCAAAUUUCCCAUAAAAUGGGCUCCACCAGAAGUUCUUAAUUACACAAGAUUUUCUUCCAAGUCUGACAUUUGGGCCUACGGAGUUUUGAUGUGGGAAGUCUUUACCUGUGGCAAAAUGCCUUACGGUCGACUCAAAAACACAGAAGUUGUGGAAAGGGUCCAGAGAGGCAUGGUGCUGGAUCGACCAAAGGCAUGUUUCAAGGAAAUUAUGCGCAAGUGUUGGAGCCGUUUACCAGAGGACCGGCCUUCAUUCCGCUUGCUGAAGGAGGAGCUGAUUGCAGUGUCGCAAGGAUUGGCCGACUGACUCACGCAAGCCCACUGGGCUCUCCUCCAGGCAUCAUCGCAGUCCCCCGCGCACAACUCCUCCGCUUCACAGCAGCAUCAAGCUCUGACAUUUGGCCCCGAGACUUGCAUUUUCUGCACCUCUUAUGGCCAUCCAUGGCUGGAAUUAUGCCGUGCCAUUCAAGCAACUCAUUCAAAAUGAAAAUGUGUCGUCAGUGUGUAAGUUUCUUUGUGUCUCUGUGUACUGUAAUUGUAUAUAUUACUCUGUCAAGAUAUGAGUGUUCCUGGCAGUGGGAGUGCUACACAACCAAUUGCAAGCUGUUAUGGAAUCAUGGGAGAAUUUUAAAACAAGUCAAUUGAAAUUAUAUCCCACUUGUAUGAUUGUACAGAUCAUGCUAGUACAUAGUUUGUAAACAACCAGGAACUGAGAGGAGUGUCAAGGAAAAUUUAAAUUUCAGGUGGUGCUUUUUUAUUUCUUUUUAAUUCUUACCACAUCAAAAGAAUAAUUCUUAUCAAAUAUACUUUCAUUUUAUAUACAUUAAUUUUUGUGUGAGAGGCUCUGCAAUUGCACCUAAUAAAUAGUGAACCUGUUCCAUACUUUUUUGCAUAAUGUAAAGUGUUCCAGUGUCACAUUAAAUUUAUUACUGUUGAUAUCUGAAAACAAUAAUUUGUAAAUAUAAAUAACUACAAUACUUGUUUGCUUAAAUGUUACUGAAAUGCUUAUUAAUUUUAUUGCUGUUGGUAGAGCACUUGUUUUUAUUAAAAGAAUUAAGGAGUAGUUAAAUUUUGUAAAUUGUAGUUUGGCAUUGUUGUAGGCAAGAGCUUAUAGCUUUCCUAACUAUUAAAAAUGUAUUAGUUGUGUGAUGUAUCAAAACAGUGUAGUGAAUCCAACUUUUUUUAAAUUGAUAUUAUAAAUUAUAAAAAAGCAUUAAAAACUGGAUGUAUGCAACUUCUCACAAUUAAUGAAUAUUUCAGUAAGAAGAUGAAACUGUGAUAUUUUCUUGAAAAAGAGUAUAAAACCAAAAAGUAUGCUGAAAAAAUAAAAAUAUGACACCAGUGUAAAUUGUCUAAGAAAAUGAUGUAUAAUUCCCAAACACAUUCACCCCACCAUCAAACUACUCCUUAGACUUCCACUCGACAGACAACUGAAAUGUGUCUUUAAUUUCAAGGUUCUCGUUUUUUUGAAUCUUUAAGGAGUGAAAGGUAAACUUUUAAUUUGUCCUUUCUUACUUUAAUUCUCAAAAAUGUUUUUUUAAUUUACUUUUUGAUUCAACGUACAGAUGCUUCUUAAAGUUUAUUAAAUGUAUUACUAUAAUACGUUACAAUACACUCUAUUUCCUGCUGAUAAAAAAAUAAACUACUUGCAUUCUGUGCAAAGAUGCAGCAAACUAUUUAACUGAAAGUAAUCUAAAAUGACAAUUUUAUUUUACUUAUACAAAUGAAGUAAAAUAGUAUAUUAUCCACGAUGAGAAAGAUUUUCACUUGCUCCUUCGUUGCUCAGGAGGUAAUACCUUCCUCUUGUAAACGAAGUUGGAUCUCUUUGUUUCCGUAUUACUAAAUUAUUCUUUGAAAUGAUAAAAUAAAAAUUAACCUCUUAAACACGUACUUGUUACCUCAAUUUACGAAUUAACUGCUUCAUGAAAAACGUAUCUAAGAGUAGCUAAGAAACAUUCAAUUACAUAGGAAGUUGUGUUGCAUUUAAUUCUUUUUGAGAAUAUGAAAAUAGAGGGAAUAGCCCACAUGUAUUGUGAAUCAACUGAACUUUCAUUUUUUGGUCUUUGUUUUGUUUUGUUUUCUUUGAAAACUAAAGCAACCAGUUGUUAAAACGUAAAUUUUAUUUUUGUAAAAGCCUGUCAUCACAUUCUCAACUGGCAAAAUUGAAAGGACUAAUUAAAACAUAGUUACAACAUAUUUCUUUGGUUGUGAGGUUCAUUUGGAAGUCAUCUAUUUAUGAUUUUUACAGCAAUUUUCUGAAUAUUUGUCAGUUGUAAAGAAGUUGCAAACAUCUGAACACUGUCUGAAGUCUAUAUGAAAACUUAAUAAAUCAUGAAUAUUCUCCUUUUUCAUGAAUUUCAAGUUUAUAUGUCAGCUUGAGAGAUUGCACCAUGAUUUUUUUUUUUUAAUUUCAUAGCAUCAUUAAAUUUAUUCUGUUGUGUAUUAUCCAUUAUCACAUAUAAAUUAUGCAACUGUCUGUUUUGGGACUAUUACUUAGUCUUUUAUAAAUUACCAGUUGGUGCAAUUAUUAUGUCAGAAAAUGUUGUGGUGCUGUUUUGAAAAGGGUUAACUCAUGAGUACAUUUCAAGUAUAAGUGAAUAAAAAUUAUGGGCAAAUAUUAUUUUUAAAGAAAAAAGAUAGGAAAACAUGAGAUAAAAUUUUAAAAUUUGAAAGAAAAAAAUUCUAAAUUAUUUUUAAUUCACUUGUUCUAUGAUGCGAGUUAACCCUUUUGUUUAGCUGCCUCUUUAUUGUUUCUUUUUGAAGAGUUUCUUGUGUGUUAGAGCUUAGAAACUUUAUCGGGUGGACAUUUUUGAAUGAUGCAUACCAAAAGAGUUUCUGAAUAUCAGUUGAAUUCAGUUUAUUAGCAUGAAUUCUGCCAAUUGGGUAGCUUAAACAUUGUCAGUAUUUUGUACUGAGAUAUAAAGUAGUAGAAAUAACCCCAGAGGAAGAAGUAGAUUACUUAUUCAUAAGUUCAAAUGAUGAUGUAAAAUAAAACUACUUAUGUAUGAGAUGCACAGCAAGAAAUUUUCUAAAUUGAAUGUAAUAAGGAAAAUGCAUAGGUGUUUUUAUUUUAUUUUGAUUUAACUUCAGAUCUGACUCAUGAGACUUUUUAAACAAGUUUGAUGGUUACUUCAGUGAAAUGUCAAGAGAUUUGAAUUGAGAAAAGUGGAAUCAUCUAUUUAGAAAAUAUGGUCUCAGCAUUUCAAUUGAUUGUGAGUCUCAAGUUUUCUGUCUAUUUUAUUAAUUUAAUAUUUGUGUAAUAUAAUCCUGAUCUGAGCUUACAUUGUGAAAGUAACUACCAGUUUCGAUUUUUCAUAAUAAUUUUAUUCUGUUCACCACUCCUAUAUUAUAUUUAUAAAAAUUUGUUUUGCUGUUGAUAAAAACUAACUUGGUAUCUAUAGAAAUGAAUUUGUUGACAUGUAUAGGUAGUACUAGUCAUGUGGAACUAUGGUGAUGUGUUGUGUAUAAUACUGCCAAUACCAGGAGUGUUUCAAGCAUACUGAAAAAAGCCACAGAACAAACAGGGCUGUGAAAAUUUGAAGAUGCAGUGUUGUGACACAUAGAUCUGACUGGACAUAUCUAAUAGUGAAACUAACCAAUCGCACAAAAUGAUGUGAACUCAUGGGUAGUACUUAUUUUCAUAUUUAAUCAUGUGAGUCAUUGUUGCUGUAUGGAAGAGAUGUGAUAACAUUUAGUUCCUGUGUUUCUGUAUUCAUGUUUAAAGUGAUGUGUAGCUUUUUGGAAGGUAAAGAAGAUAUAGUGCUAAAGGAUCGAUAUCUAAUGGUUCUAUUGAAAUAAUAAGAAUAUGAUUGACACUUGCGAGACUGAGGAAUUCCAAUGGAGACCACCAAGCCAAAGCUGGCUUGAAAUAGAAAAGUGGCUGUAAUUGGUUACCCUGUGCAUGUGUCAAUCUUAGGCAUAUUUGAAUAAAGUUUAAGUUAGGAUGGUGCAAGAAAUAGUAAUUUCCUCCCUGCCUUACUGUUAACAGAAAUUCAUCAGCACUAUGGCAUUGAGUAUUGAGGACAAUUUUUGUUUCACAAGUUAUUGAUAUAUAUCAUUGAUCAUUUUUAUAUAUAUUUAUAUAUAAUUGUAUCACAUUGAUUGAGAUUUCUGAUAUACUUUUCACAAUGUUGCCCUCUCAAGAAGUUAGUAAGUGUUGCACUAUAUCAUUAUCAAAUUCAUUGAAAUCCAAGUUGGACUUUUUCGGUUUUUUGGAAAAGUAUCCAAUUUCAAGAGUUGUACAAGCAAUAUUCAUUGUACAACAUCCAAUUGCGGGAAAAGCUAUUCAAUGUAGAGGAAUCUCCCAAAUGACUGUACUUCAUUAGUCUUCCUUCCAAACUUAUUGAUGACACCAAUAAUUGAAAUAUUCUCCAAUGGUGGUAAAUAAUUUUUCUGCUCUUAAGUAUUUAUUGUAGUGAGAGUAGGGAAAUAACAUCAAUAUUGAGAGAAUUUAAGUUAAUUUGGCCUACAGAAGAAUGCGUAUGCACUGCAGGCAGACUAAACAAUAUCUUCUUUAUCUUACCAGAAAAUAGUUCUUGAUUAUUUGUAUUCCUGCGUGCCUUAUGUUGCUUUAAUACUGUCUUUUGACUGCAAACUAUUACUGUUUUCUGCUGGCCUUUGAACAAAAAAUUUGUCUUUAACUUGAAAUUGUUUCAACAAUUGAUAUUAUAAAA